AUGGAUGCUAAUGGCUUUCAUGUCAAGGACAACAAGACAGUGAAGGUUUUACUUAUUGGCAGUAGCUCAAGCGGUUUGUAUCACAUCCAUAUAGAACCUGAAAUUUCUGAAAAGCUUGGUUUCUAUGGUGAGAAGACAACUCAAGAAGUUUGGCAUGCUCGCCUUGGACACCUUUCACAGGCUGUUUUUCGUGUUUUGCUAAAUAAACACAAACUUCCUCUUCAUGGUAGCUUUGAUUCUCAUAAAGCUUGUCAUAUUUGUCCAUUGGGCAAAUCUUGUAAGUUACCAUUUUCUUCUCGCCACUCACAUGCUCAACAGCCACUUGAUUUAUUGCAUCUUGAUUUAUGGGGACCAGCUCCUGUCUCCUCUAAUUUUGGAUAUCGUUAUUAUUUGUCCAUUGUAGACGAUUGCACUCGUUUUGUUUGGUUUUAUCCCUUGACCAAGAAAUCCGAUGUGCUUGGAACUUUUGUUAUAUUCAAGAGAAUGGUAGAAAAACGGCUCAAUUGCACCAUUAAAAUGUUACAAAUCGAUGGUGGUGGAGAAUUCACAAGCCGGAUGUUCCUCAAUUUCCUCCGUGAACAUGGUAUUAGUUAUCAAAUCUCAUGUCCAUACACACCGCAGCAAAAUGGAGUUGUUGAACGCAAGCAUCGACACAUAGUGGAAAUGGGAAUCUGUUUAUUAUCACAAUCACACUUGCCUCACAGUUUAUGGCUAGAGGCUUUUUCCACUGCCGUAUUUCUUAUUAACAAGUUACCAUCACUUCACCUUGGAGCUCUAUCUCCUUACGAGAACCUGUUCCAAUGCCCUCCAGAUUAUACAUUCCUCAAGAUGUUUGGCAACUAUAAAGGAUAUAAGUGCUUAGACAUGGCUUCCGGUCGGGUGUACAUCUCUCGCCAUGUCACUUUUGACGAGCAUACAUUCCCUUAUCAUAUUACUCCUUCGCAACAGCCCACCAUCCAGGUGCCAUCUCCUUUGUCAACGGUACUAGAACCAGUUUUCUCAAAGGAUCUUUUGCAGCCUUCUUUGCCACCAGCUCCACCUCUUGCCACCGUUCCAUCCUCACCAUCAGCCAUCACACCCAUUUCCGACUCACCUGCUGGUCCGAUGACUCCACCAGAUUUUCCCAUGCAACCUUCCAUUCAUGAUGAACAUUCAACCGCUCCUGCUUCACCACCAUCUCAAGCAUAUCCUCUUUGUGACUUUGCAUCUCCCUCACUCACCUCAUCCACUCCAGACACCUCUCCACUGCCAGGAAAAUUUCGCAGCGUUCAAGAGCUUCAAAAGCUUCUUCAUGGUCCCUCUGCUCACCCAUUACCAGAAGGAUUAACCGCUUCUCUUGCAAACUCACUUUUUGUUGAGCCCACAAGCUAUACACAAGCUGCCAAACAUCCUCACUGGCAAUCUGCCAUGCACGAAGAAUAUGAUGCUCUUCUUCGUAAUAAUACUUGGUCUCUUGUUCCUGCAGUUCCUUCUAUGAACAUUGUGGGAUGCAAGUGGGUUUUCAAGGUCAAACGCAAAGCAGAUGGCUCCAUUGAGCGUCAUAAGGCAAGAUUAGUUGCAAAGGGGUUUAAUCAACAAGAGGGUUUAGACUAUGAUGAGACUUUUAGUCCAGUAGUAAAACCAGCCACUGUCCGUACUAUUCUGGCCUUAACUAUUUCCCACAAAUGGCCACUCUAA